AUGCAUCACAUUGUACACACUACCUGCAACAUGCAUCACAUUGUACACACUACCUGCAACAUGCAUCACAUUUAUGCUUCACUUAACACCAAGAUCGAAUAUAUACACCUAAUUCUUACGAAUACGUCCCUCCAACACUUAUUUCCUGAAACUUGUUUCUGA